AAUUCAUCGUUGAGCCUAUAUACAAACACGACAGGCUCCAUCUAGGGUUUUGUUAGGGUUUUCUGCAUAUUCAAACUCUAACCCUCAAAUCAAACGACUGCCAAUGGCGUUGGAGCCGCUCUCCGCCUCUGGCCGGGACGCCGAUAAGCUAAGUCUCCCUGCACUCCAAUCCAAAAUGAAAAUCGACCCGGAAGGUUAUGAGACCGAGCUUGGCCUCCUCUACAGCCAAUUCAACUCGGCUCUCGAGCUCUUUCAGCAGCAAGCAGCUCUCAAUUUCACAUCUAUCUCCUCGUCUGGCGUCUGCGCAGACCCCACCAUUGCCAAGGAUCUCGGGGAUCGAUCUAUGUUCUUGGCCCAUGUGACGCCUUUUUAUCCCAAACAACUGGCCAAGUUCCCAAGUCAACUGGCCGAGUUUCUCAAAAACUCUGCACGGUCGCUGCCUUCGGGGCUGAGAUGUCAUGUUACUCAAGCUCUGAUUCUUUUAAUUAAUCGACAGAUGGUUGAUAUCAGUGAAACUCUUGCAUUGUUCAUGGAGCUUCAAACUCUAGGAGAUCGGAAUUUGAGAAAAUUAGCAUUCUCCCAUGUUAUUCAUAGCAUAAGGCGCAUGAAUAAGAAGCACAAGAAUGAGGCUAAGAAUCGAGCCCUUCAGAAUAUCUUGUUUGCAAUGCUACAGCAAGAGGAUGAAGCGAGAGCCAAGAGAUCUCUCAUUACACUAUGUGAGUUUCAUAGAAGAAAGGUGUGGUUUGAUGAUAGAACUGCAAAUGCAAUUUGCAUGGCAUGUUUCCAUUCAUCAUCUAGGAUCAUGAUUGCUGCUCUAUCAUUUCUUCUGGAUUAUGAGAAGAUUGAGGAUGAUGAUAGUGAUGACAGUGAUGCUUCCAGCAGUGAAGAUGACUCAAAUCCUCAAAUCUCUCAAGUUGCCCUUGGUAAAGAGGCUAUUUAUAAGGCACAUCAUAAAGGCACGGUAUCCAGUAAAAAGAAAAAGAAAGCAAAACUGCAGCGUGCCAUGCGCAGCAUGAAAAGGAAGCAACGGCUGUCGGCAGAAAGCAGCAAUUCAACUUAUUAUUCACCACUUAAUCAUCUUAAAGAUGCACAGGGAUUUGCUGAGAGGUUCUUCUCUCGCCUCCAGACUUGCAAUGAACGUUUUGAGGUUAAGAUGAUGAUGUUGAAAUUAAUUGCUCGAACUGUUGGACUUCACCGAUUGAUAGUGUUAAACUUUUAUCCUUUUCUUCAGAAAUAUGUUCAGCCACAUCAACGUGAUAUCACAAAUUUACUUGCAGCAGCUGUUCAGGCAUGCCAUGAUAUGGUGCCUCCAGAUGCAGUUGAACCAUUAUUCAAACAAAUAGUGAAUCAAUUUGUACAUGAUCGUUCACGUCCAGAGGCUAUUGCCGUUGGACUCAAUGUGAUAAGGGAAAUAUGUUUGCGAAUGCCUCUGCUGAUGACAGAAGAUUUGCUGCAAGAUCUGGUAUUGUAUAAAAAAUCACACGAGAAGGCAGUUUCAGUUGCAGCUAGGUCACUCAUGAUUUUAUUUAGAGAGGUUUGUCCUUCACUAUUGGUUAAGAAGGAUCGAGGUCGUCCUAGUGAUCCAAAGGCAAAGCCAAAAGCAUAUGGAGAAGUGGAUGUUGUCAGCAAUAUACCUGACCUUGAGCUAUUACAGGAGAAUGAUGAUGAUGAUGAUAAUAUGGAGAUGGACCAUGAUGAAAUUAAUGAGGAUGGUGAUGAUAUCGAUAAUUUGGAAUCCAGUGGACUUGAUGAUGAGGGUGAUAAUGAUGAGAUUGCUGCCAGUGAUGAUGAAGACAAUCCGAUGUACAGUGAUGAUGCUGGAAGCGAGGACGGGGAUUUACAAGAUGAUUCAAUUGAUGAAGAUAGUGAUAACAGUGUUGAUGAGAAUGAUGGCAAUAUCAGUGAUGAUGAUGAUGAGGGCGAGGAAGAGGAUGAAAAUUUGGAGGAGGAUGGAAAAGAUAAGGAUUCUCCUGAAAGUGAUGACAGGGGAAUGAUAGAAGUUAAAAAGCCCAAGGCAAGUAAGAGGAAGUUUUCUGAUUUCAAUGGACAACUUACUGCUGCUGACACAAGUCUUCGGGCUCUAAAGAGAUUGGCAGAAGAGAAGUUGAAACCUACCACAUCAGAAUCAGAGGAUGGUAUUCUCUCUAAUGAAGACUUCCAAAGGAUCAAGGAAUUGAAGGCAAAGAGGGAAGCUAAAGAUGCCUUAGCUCGGCAAGGGGUUAAAGUUCCAAGCUCUGAUCAACUGAGUACUAAGCGGUUGGAUCCUGCCAAGCUUGAAGCUCAUGUGCGGAAGAAGCUGACUAAGGAAGAAAGGCUGGCAAUGGUAAGAGCAGGAAGGGAGGCUACAGGGAAAUAUCAAUCUCGAACUGCUGUAAAACAGAAAAAGACUGGCGGUAAAAGUAAUCGACAGAAGCAGCAUGAUAAGGUGAUGCCCUCAGCUGCAAGGAAAGCUAGAGCAGCUAGAUCUCGGGAAGGCAAAAAGAAAAAGCAGAACCGCUUUGGCAAGCAGUUUCGCGGCAAGAAAGCAUGGAAAUGAUCAGGAUUUUGCAAAUCUUCUAUACCAACUUUUUUAUAACCUUUUUCUUUUUCCCAUUUUUUGUUUAAGUUUAAGAUGUUAUGUGACAUUCAUUCUUACCAGUUUUAGUUUUGUAUUCGCCAAUAUGUAUAGAAGAUGAAUGUUUCUGGCACAGGCAUUAAUCAACUUCCCCAGUAGUAAGACCAUUCUAUGUAAUUAACGAACUGCAAGGGACAACUCUGAUGGAUUUAACUGCAA